AUGAUCUUGGGUGCUGACUUUCUUGAUGGGUCAAUGCAGGAGAGUUCCCGGUUGAAGGGAGUGGAGUGCAAACCAGGUCACUAUUUCCGCCCAGUGUUCAGUGAACGGCGGGUGAGAGCGAGAGAGAAGGAAGAGGGUUCUCCCUCUUCUGUGCCGAUGGAGGGAGGAGGCACAAUGUCUCUGCUCAGUGGUGGAAAGAGACAGAGUGGUCCCCUGCUGUCCAACAUUCCCGUUCAAGGCCCAAGAAACCUGGUUCUUGGGAAUGAAGUAGACAGAGUGGAGCAAGUGUUGGUGGAGGAACGUUUAAGGGACAGUGAUCAUUAUAUGAAGGUUUUGGAAGACAGUGGAAAAGGACAAAGGUGUAAAUAUAUGGAACUGGGAAAUAACCAACUUACUGGGGCAAAAACGGAGCUGGACCAUAUAGAGGACUGCCAGACACCAAUGACUGGGGUCAACCUUUUAAAUGGUCAGGAGAUUCCUGUUGUAAUUUCAGCCAAGACAGAGUUUGAAGGUUAUUUGGAUACAGUCAUAGGUAUUCCCAGCCUUAGUCAGGAAGAUGCAGCAGUUGCAAAAAGGCUGGGUUUAGAAUGGCGAGAGGUAUUUGAAACCCUGCCCGAUGGCACCGAGCAUUUACAAAAUUGUGAUGAGUUCACAGGACUUGGUAGGCAAUCUGCAGCUCAGGCCAUCUUGAAACGUGCGAGAGACCUUGGAAUCGGUGGCUACCUUACAAGCCCAAAGAUGCGUGACUGGUUGAUAUCCCGGCAGCGUUACUGGGGCACCCCUAUUCCCAUCGUCCAUUGCCAAUCCUGUGGUCCCGUUCCUGUCCCUCAUGAGGAUCUACCUGUGCUUUUACCCAAGAUUAAGUCGUUUACAGCUAAAGGGCUCUCCCCGCUAACUACAGCCGCCGAGUGGUUCAAUUGUGCCUGUCCUCAAUGUAAAGGUCCUGCCCAGAGGGAGACUGACACCAUGGAUACGUUUGUGGAUUCAGCUUGGUAUUACUACAGAUACAUUGACUCUCAUAAUAAUGAAAAGCCCUUCGACAAAGCAGCAGCGGAUUUCUGGAUGCCUGUAGAUCUGUAUAUCGGAGGCAAAGAACACGCUGUCAUGCAUCUGUACUACGCAAGAUUUAUUAGUCAUUUCUGCAAUGAUCAAAACAUGGUCAAAUACAGGGAACCUUUUCACAAACUCCUCGUGCAAGGACUUAUCAAGGGGAAAACUUUUCGUUUACCAUCAAAUGGCCAAUAUCUAAAGAAAGAGGAAAUAAAUUUUGAUGGUCCUGACCCUCUCCACGCUGGCACUUCCGAAAAACUGGAAAUCACUUGGGAAAAAAUGAGCAAAUCCAAACACAAUGGCAUCGAUCCAGCAGAGAUGAUCCAGAAGUACGGGAUUGACACUGUGCGCCUGUACAUCCUGUAUGCAGCACCCCCACAGCAGGAUAUUCUGUGGGACAUUAAAACGGAUGCCAUUCCUGGAGUACUGAGAUGGCAAGUCCGCCUGUGGGCACUGGUUACAAAGCUGAUCGACACGCGGAAUUCAGGAGUGACACCUAGUCCUGACCUGCUGAACAAAAAGGAGAAAGGUGAAGCCAAGAAAAUAUGGCAGAUCAAAAACAACACAGUAUCACAGAUUUUUCUUUUUGUGUCGUCAUGCGAGAGAGUGCUAGUUUGUGAAAUCCCAUGGGUCUAUCACGUGAAAGUCUGGUGUUGUGUUCACAACGUGGGUCUGUGGUUUCUAAGCUGGCACAGGGGAAUUUGCUUUGCAGUGUGCACACCAGAGUCUGAAGCACUCCUCCCUUAUGACUUCCUCCAAAGUGCCACCAGCUGCAAGUCUUUCAGGAAACCCCACUUUAAGCUUUCUGCUGAUGUACAAAUGCUAGUGUUCCUGUCUGUUGCAGGUCUUUCCAGUGUCCAGAACAAGCUGACCAUUCACUAUCAGUGGGACACAGAUGUGCUGUUUCAGCAGUGGCCAAACGUGGACCCAGCUUAUCUGCAGCAGCCAGACACAGUGACGAUGGUUGUCAGGAUCAACAACCAGGUCUGUGGCUCAGUAAACCUGCCUCAACAAGUCAUCAAGAAUGUAGAGAGAGUGCAGGAGCUCAUCCUUCAAAGUGAACUGGGCAUCAAACAGCUACAGGGGCGGGUCAUCAAGAAAGCCAUCCUGUCUCCCAGAACCGCCCUCAUCAAUUUCCUCGUGGAAGAAUAAAGAGGGAUAAUGGAGCUGUUUAUGUUAUCAAAACAUUUUGCUGUCUGUGACUUGCGCACACAGUGAUGUGAAGCCUAACAAUUCACACCACAAGCUCAUUAUUUUAAGGAAUGAAUGUAGCACAGAAGCUGUGCGCUCGAGCUCCUCUUGAUGAUGGACAUUGGGCCUCAUAGUGGCUUCUUAGAACUCAUCUCCUGUUUCUGUUUGGUGAGAGUUCAGAGUGACAAAGCGGAGAAACUCUUCCAGGUUGGAAUGCUUCUGACAAUGGCACUAAUCGUUCGAGCCUUCCGGAAAGGCUUGAGUGAUUAGAGAAUGGCUUGCAGCAAUGAAAUGGGGACUAAGUAAUUGAAUCAUCUAGUCGAAAGUGUUUUGGCUGGCCUUCUCCUCUUUCUGCAAAAGAAAACUCCGAAAACUGUUGGUCCGCAGCUAUUUUUACGUUACAAUCACCUUCAGUUAUUUUGGAAAAUGAAUAAAUCUCAUCUAAAUGUAAUAAAAUACUAGGCACUUAUUUUGACAGUCAAGUAACAGAACAUUAAUUGAUGAACUUUAAAAUGUGACAGCUAAAGAUGCAAUUAAAUGCCAUAAUUGUUUAUUUCAGAAGGAAAGCAAAAAUUAAGUUUGCUAAAACGGUAUAAAAUCUAGACCAUUUCUGAAGAAGGGUUUAGGCCCGAAACGGCAGCCUUCCUGCUCCUCUGAUGCUGCUUGGCCUGUUGUGUUCAUCCAGCUCUACACCUUAUUAUCUCAGAUUCUCCAACAUCUGCAGUUCCUACUAUCUCUUAAAAUCUAUUGCUCCAGCCGUAACUGUUCAAAUUCUGAAGAGGCCACUGUACUGAUGAUUUCUUCCAUCAGUUAAUAAGAAGGUGCUAAUGGUUCUACGUGGACACAGCACCCACUCACCAUCACCACCAAAUCCAUGAGCUUCCGUCUCGCAUUGUUCUGUCCUUGAAGUGCGGUGGAUAAUUGGAUCAUGGUCACAAUGUUUGGCUGACCCUGUGCCAGUUCUUUACAUUCUGCAAAACAAUCUACAAAACAUGAGCAAAAACAAAGUUGCUGGAAAAGCUCAGCAGGUCUGGCAGCAUCUGUGGAGGAGAAAACAGAGUUAACAUUUUGGGUCCGGUGACCCUUCCCCAGAACUACAAAACAUGAAGUGGUUACUUUUACACGGCCAAGACCGUGUGCUUAUCAAUUCUGGAUGUGAUACCCCUGGUCCAACACAGUUUGCCAGUUGAAUUUCCUUCAUCGAGUUGACUGCAGUGAAUCACAAUGUGCAUUAAUCAUGGUUAUGAAAUUUCUAUCACAGAUGCCUAAAUUUUGAUUCUUUUUUAUUCAUUUCUGAGCCCUUGUGUUACCAUCGCCCACAACCCACAUGCAUUCUCUUCAUCACUCCUUCAAUAAACUGGCUCUGGGCUGACUCAGCAAACUUGGCACAGAGCUGAAGUCACCAUUGGAACUAACCCAGGGCAAUGUUGAGAGGAUCAUGUGGUCCAGAUAGGGUGGGAUUUUCUGUGAAUGAGCGUUCAGUCUGUCAGCUGGGCUGCAACACAAAAGCUGAACAAACUGUGUGAGAAGAUGUCAAUCGCACUCAUGACCCACUGCGGGGAUUCAGCACCUUAUUGUUCGUGUCACCUCAGCACUCUGUGUCCAUGUCCACAAGACAGGAAAACACUGGGAAUUCUGUUACGGAGAGGUCCAGGAGAAUGGCUGAUCGAUAUUGCAGGAGCCUAAUGAAAUUAGCAAACAUUUCCUUUUACCUAAACGCGGCAAAUAAUGGCCUUGUACCUGUCGAGACUUCAGCUAUGCCACGAGGCUACUGGAGAGAGCUAUGUCCUUUCUUUACUUAUUUAUAGUAUACUAGAUGAACAUAGUGUUUGUUCCCAUUAAAUAUGGCCACUAUAAUCCAUCUGCAUGUGCUCAGUUCUGCCCAUCGCCAUGGUGAAACACAGGUAUUGAUAAGCAUUCUGCACGAAUCUCAGUGGCUAAGAAGUAAAUCUCUUCAAUGCCAUCGAGUGCAAAGGAGUAAAUGUCUAAUUAGUUUAUCUUUAAAUGACCAAAAGUGGAGGGAGUGAUUGGGCUAAGAGCCUACCUGCCCAGAGAAAUUAAAUGAUAAACACUC